AUGGAAGAAAUUAACCCCCUUCCCGCCAACUACCACCAAGCCCUCAAGCUUAUCGACGAGGCACACGCCCAGGAUCCGAGAUCGGUCGAGAGGGAGUCCGGCUCUGUGCCGUUCGAGCUUGAUUAUGCCCGACACAUGACACGAUGGCUGGCGUUGCGGGAACCAGGAGCAUCGCCCGUUUUGCAGCUUGCAUGCCGGGCUCAGCAUUUCCGACGAUGGGAAAUCCCGCGAAGCAGCUACCCCAUGACUCGGCCGGGAUAUCUCACCUGGCGCGCCAAGCUCAAGUCGCAAGCGGCCAAGCAGGUGGCCGAGCUGCUCGGCGACGCUUCCAUCCAGCCUCCGCUGAGCCAGGAGGAGAUCGACCGGGUGGCCGCCCUGGUGAGGAAGGAGGAUCUCAAGACCGAUAGCGACACGCAGGUGCUGGAGGAUGUGGCCUGCCUGGUGUUCCUGGACGAGCAGUUUGACGACUUUGAGAAGCGGCCGGAUAUCGACGAGGAGAAGAUGGUGGGCAUUUUGAGAAAGACUUGGGGCAAGAUGAGCCCGUCCGGUCAUGCGCUGGCCCUCCAGAUGCACUUGAGCGAACGGGCUAAGAUCCUGAUCGAGAAGGCUUUGGGGGUUUAG